GCUCAGGAAACGUUUCCUUUUAUAGUUAACGGAGCGCCGAGGGGGCUACUUCCGGGUUGACAGUGUCGGCAUGUAGAAUCACCUGGACCCGCCAUCUCGAUCAAGCAUCUAUCGGCUCUCAGCCAAGAAUGGGGAACUUGAUCAGAGUGCUGAGCAGAGACAUCGACAACAGUGGAGGAAACUUCUUUUUAGACUUUGAGAAUGCUCAGCCAUCAUCCACAGAGAAGACGUUGUGGGAGAAGGUGAACCAGGUGCUGACGGAGGCUCAGGUCGUCCUGGACGGUUUGCAGGGCUACACUGGUGCGGGGGAGGAAAUCAGACAGGCCAUUCAGAGCCCCAAUGAGGAGGGGGUACAGGAGAAGGCGUGGUCUGCUGUUCUUCCUCUGGUCACCAAACUGAAGAAUUUCUAUGAGUUUUCUCACAAGCUUGAGGGCAGUCUGAGGUGUCUACUGGAUGUCCUCACCAGUCCUGAUGCUCCGCCCACUCAGCAGCUGGAGCACAAACAGGCUCUGGCUCGUCAGUUUGCCCUCAUCCUUCAUUUCACGCUGCGCUUUGACGAGCUCAAGAUGACCAUCCCCGCCAUCCAGAAUGACUUCAGCUACUACAGGCGUACAAUCAGUCGCAUGCGUAUCAACAACGUGUGGGCGGAUGCAGAUAACGAGGUCAACAACGAGCUGGCCAAUCGAAUGUCUUUGUUCUACGCCAGUGCCACGCCUAUGUUGAAGACCCUGAGCGACGGCACCUCAAAGUUUGUCUCUGAUAACCCUGAUGUUCCUGUUGAGAACACCACGGACUGUCUAAGCACCAUGGCCUGUGUUUGUAAAGUCAUGCUGGAAACACCAGAGUACAGAAGUCGUUUUACAAGCGAUGAGACGGUCUUGUUCUGUCUGCGUGUGAUGGUUGGUGUCAUCAUCCUCUAUGACCACGUGCACCCAGCCGGCGCCUUUGUCAAGACAUCCAACAUUGACAUGAAAGGAUGCAUUCGGCUGCUGCAGGAGCAGCCGGCAAGCAGCGUGGAGGGUUUACUGAACGCUCUCAGGUACACAACUAAACACCUGAACGAGGACACCACUCCCAAGCACAUAAGGAACAUGUUGCAAAGUGAACAAAGGUUUUGAAAGUGUAUAUUGGUGAUGUCAUUAUGUAAACAGGAAACAAUGAGAGAUGAGCUCAGCUGGACACAAACAAACGUGUCCGCUAAGUAACUUUGGACAAAUGAGCUUGCACACAUGCUAACGAAUGAGUCGGCCAUGCUUUUUUAUACUUUUUUUUAUAAGUAAGGAAUAAAAUCACAUGGUGAUAACAUCUUUGCAGCCACC